AGCACAGGCUUUUCAAACCGACACAAUGGCUAGACGUCCCGCCCGUUGCUACCGGUAUUGCAAGAACAAGCCGUACCCCAAGAGCCGCUUCAACCGUGGUGUGCCGGACCCCAAGAUCCGCAUCUUCGACCUUGGCCGCAAGCGCGCCAACGUUGACGAGUUCCCCCUCUGCAUCCACCUGGUCUCCAACGAGUACGAGCAGCUGUCGUCCGAAGCCCUCGAAGCCGCCCGUAUCUGCGCCAACAAGUACCUCGUCAAGGUUGCCGGAAAGGAAGGUUUCCAUCUCCGCGUCCGCGCCCACCCGUACCAUGUCAUCCGUAUCAACAAGAUGUUGUCGUGCGCCGGUGCCGAUAGAUUGCAGACGGGUAUGCGUGGUGCUUUCGGCAAGCCCAACGGAACGGUUGCGCGUGUGAACAUUGGCCAGAUCAUUCUCUCCGUCAGGACCAGGGAUGCCCACCGUGCCACCGCUAUCGAGGCUCUCAGGCGGUCUCAGUACAAGUUCCCCGGCCGCCAAAAGAUCAUCGUCUCCAAGAACUGGGGCUUCACCCCUCUCCGCCGCGACGAGUACGUCGCCAAGCGCCAGGAAGGCCGCGUCAAGGUGGACGGCGCCUACGUCCAGUUCCUCAAGAACAAGGGCAAGCUCGACGAGAACAUGCGCCGCUUCCCCGACGCGUUCGAGCAGGCGGCUUAGAUUGCUGGGCUGUGAUGAGGUUCUGAGGCGUGCGUAGGGAUCAUGGAAAUACCGGGAUAUGGCGUGCUUGCUCUCUUACUUUCUUCCUGAGUCAUGGAUAUCGGGUUCCGGCGGGUGCGAGGAUAUUUGCAGGCAUCCUAUCCUGUAGAUAGAGCGGCCAAAUAUCAACCUGAAUGAUGACGGCAAUGGGAUGGCUUUGACAUGCUGUGCUUUGGAUGACGGGACAUAGUUCACGUUUACACGUGGAUUACUUUCUGAGACUGUUCAGCUCUCGAAUUAUUCCGGGAGCAUGCAGGAUGGUUACACCCCUACCCAAUGAGUUUUGUCGCUACCAGUUAUUCUACAAACGCCCAUCAUAC